AUGAAGACUAUUUUAUUACUGCUGAUACCAGCAGUUCUUCUGGCUCCUGCUGUUGGAAUAGAAAUCAAUUUUCUGGAGUAUGAUGAAACAAAUAUAGAUGGAAAUUUGAGACGUAGGAUAACAAAAGAAGGUGUACUUGAAAAUCUACCAGCAGGUUCCUACAUUGGUCAGCUGGUUGCCCAUGUUGAUGGACAGCCCAACUCUAAUAUCGUGUACAGUAAAGAGGAUGCUGGUGGAGAUAAUCACUUUAGUGUCAAUUCGACUGGUGCUGUGACCACUGCGGCUCCUUUGGAUCGGGAGACGGUGAAUGCUAACACACUGCCUGUAACAUUUAUUGCAAGCUACCAGGGUGUAACAGUCUUAGAGCCAAUCAAGAUUACUGUACUGGAUAAAAACGAUAACCCUCCAGUCUUUGAGCGGAAUUUAGGAUAUGGUACCCAAGUGUCUGAGAACGUUGCAAGUGGAACAACUAUCUACAGUGAUAUUCUGGUUUCUGAUAAGGAUGUAGGAUGGAAUGCUCAAUUAACAAUGGCCUGCUCGAGUAUUACAAACAAUACCAAGAGUAUCGAGGCAUGUGAAACGUUUGGACUUUCAUACGAGUACGUUAAUAGAAACAACGACCAAGAAGUUUACCAAGCUUUCAUUUUUGUGACGAAGGCCCUGGAUUAUGAAACACAGAAAGAUUACACCAUGACAAUUUCAGCAAUAGACAACCCAGACAGAAGGCAAGACGGAAAUCAAAAUGAAGCUACUGUUAACAUUGCUAUAGACGUCUUUGAUGAGCAAGAUUCACCACCUGUUUUCAGUAGAAGCUCCUUCCGUACUUUCGUACAUGAGCAUUCGCCUAUAGGCAAGCGUUUGUCAUCGGUGACUGUGAGAGAUGGAGAUGAAGGAAACCCGCGUCUGCUGAACAUCACAACCAUAGAUUCUGUUGACCUGUUUGAACUGGACAUCUCGAUGGACAAUGAAACACGGAUCUACACGGUGUUCGUCGUGGUCAAAGGAGACAUUGACCGCGAGUCUUUCAUUGAUGGUCACAAGUUCCUAAUAAAGGCAGUAGAAAUUGACGAAUCCACAGGAGCACUUACCAACUCUGAGGCUUCCAUCUCAGUUGAUGUGACAAUCCAAGACAUCAAUGAUAAUCCACCAGUAUUUACCCAAACUGUGUACAGGGUAGACCUUGUCGAACCCAGAAACAACAACGGCAUAGUACCAGGGGUCAUAUUAGAGGUCACCGAUGCAGAUGUGUUGAGCUAUUCCACAUUCAACGUUAGCAUUAUUUCACAAAGUAGCCCUCCUGCAUUCUCCCUGAACAACGAUGCUGGCACUCGCAAGGCCAGCUUCAACCUUGUCAUCGAUAACUACAUGAACCUCGACUAUGAAAUUCCUAGUUACAGAACAAGAAGCGUCUUGAUUGAAGCAGUUGAUUUCAAUGAUGGUAGCUUGUCAUCUACCGCUACUGUCCUCAUUGACAUCUUAGACGCCAAUGACAACGCCCCAGUGUUUCAAAGGACUACAUACACUGCCCAAGUGUCUGAAAUUGAAUCACCAGGAAAAUCUAUUCAGACUGUUACAGCUACAGACAGAGACAGUGGAAGUAAUGCAGCACUAGAAUAUACCUUUGUAGAUCCCAACAUUGUCAUGUUUAACCUUGACCCAAAUACAGGGGUCGUAACUUUAGCUCAAAAAUUGGACUAUGACAAUGGGGCUGUGCAAUAUGAAAUGACCGUCAUAGCAUCAGAUAAGGGAAAUCCCAUUCAAACAGCAUCAACCUCCCUUCUUGUGACGGUGCUUAAUUACAAUGACAUGGUACCUGUCUUCCAGCUAUCCUCAUACAGGUCCACCGUCACAGAAUCCUCCACAGUGUUUCUCAUUCCAGUUACAGUCCAGGCAACUGACCCAGAUGGUUACGCAAUAACCUACAGAAUCGUGGACGGUAACACUAAUGACAAUGCCUUCCAGAUUGAUCCCAUCCAGGGGACGCUUUCACUCAACUCCAUUGUCAACUACAAAGAUACCAAGGAUGAAGGAGGAUUUUUUUUCCUGAAUGUGUCCGCUACUGACAGUGGACUUCCAAGCCAAACCUCCUAUGUAACAAUUACUGUGGAAGUCCGAGAUGAGAACAAUGCUGCUCCGUCCUUUACCAAGACCAACUACAAUGCUACUAUUAAAGAGUCCAAAGGCAAAGGGUCCACAGUAUUGCAGGUCAUAGCUACAGAUGCUGAUUCUGGUACAAAUGGGGCAAUCACCUAUGCCAUUACCUUCGGAGCAAAAGAUGACUUUAAAAUCGAUUCUGACACAGGAAUCAUAUUUGUUGGACCUGCUGCUGCGCUGGACUACGAUGCAACUCCAUUCUAUAACAUCACGGUGGAGGCAGUUGACCAGGGCAGUCCCCCAAGGACCGGACUGACCACUGUCCAGAUUACAAUUGAAGAUGCCAACAACAAAAGUCCGAGCUUUGACAAGCCUCUUUAUGCACAGACACUGGAUGAAACUGAACCUAUUGGCACAGUUGUGAUAAAGUUGAAUGCUACUGACCCGGAUUCGACCAGCUCCCUCCAAUACUCAAUUCUGUACUAUCAAUCCAGUGGACAAGGCGUACCAACUUACAACUACAGGAAUGCUUUCCGUAUUGAUAGCUCUUCGGGUAUUAUCUAUACAAACGCUACACUUGACUUCGACCAGGCGCCACAAAUCCAGUUUGUAGUUGAGGCUCGAGAUGUUAAUGCUACCGUAAUACAGACAGCUACAGCAACUGUUCUCAUCUACAUUCUACAAGAUGUGGACAAUACUCCAGACUUUAAUGAGCCUUGGACCGAUGCAAACCCCAGCUACUAUCAUGUUAUUCCCGAGGCGAAGACAAAUUUUACCUAUAUCACACUGAUCGCCUUUGUACCCAGUACUAGGGAGCAGGUUACCGAUUACCAAGAGGUGCCAGGAACUGACCCCGAUGAUUAUUUCACUGUUGAACGAACAACAGGAAAAGUCCGUGCAAACAGAGAGAUUGAUUACGAGACCUUAGAUAGAAAGAUUCUGACGUUGACAGUGAAAGCAACGUCUCCAGAGGGACUCUCUUCAAUUGCCAAUAUAGUCUUCCAAAUCCAAGACAUCAACGACAACGCUCCACAAUUUUCACAAUCGAAUUACACAUUUACUGUUUCUGAAGGGAAACAGUAUCCACAGGAGAUUGGUAAUGUGGUCGCCAACGAUGCCGACAGUAGCAGUAAUGCUAACAUCUCCUUCAGUAUAACUGGCACCAAUGCCAGCCACUUCACCAUCUUCAUGGUGGGAAACAACAUGGGAAAAAUUGUGGUAUCUGAAGGUACUGUCCUCGACUAUGAGACCACUCCGCAAUAUAAUCUCGUCCUAACUGCUCGUGAUAAUCCAGAUGUCAACCGGUUUGAUGUUUACAAGGAAACAUCUGUUAAGUUGACCAUCAGACUGAGGGAUAAUAAUGAUAACAAACCUCUAUUUGAUAAAGACAAUUACUAUUUCUUCACCGUGGAAACAUUUGGUGGGACAAAUCAGAUAGGCCAAGUAUCGGCUACCGAUGCUGACAGUGGCAGUAAUGGACAAGUCUCCUACUCAUUUGUCAAUCCCGAUGAUAAAGUGACAAAGUAUUUCUACAUCUCCAAUUCUGGAUUUGUGUUUGCGAGGACUUCACUCGAUGGGGCAUCAGUCUUGGGUUCUUUCUAUGCCCAAGUCAUGGCAAGAGAUAACGGGAAUCCGUUUCAGUUCUCUUAUGCAAAUGUCUACAUCAAUGUGAGCAGUGGACAACUGGACAACGGUCAACCUGUCUGGUUCAGUCCAGGAAUAGGAGAAUCUAUUAAUAUAUUAGAGGGUACACCACGCUUUACAUCCAUAUUUAAUGCGUCAGCAUCGCCUCGUACCCCGGGCGCAGGGAUCAUUUUCAGUUUUCUGUCUAAUAGCCAAGACUUAGAUAAAUUUGCCAUCACAGCAGAUGGACAUAUCACUGUGGUUGGGGAAAUUGAUCGCGAGGUCAAGGACGUUUAUGAUUUGAUCAUUCUUGCAACUGAUUCGUUGAAUACGACUCUCCAAGGAACACGCCGUCUAACAGUGAGAGUGCUUGAUGUCAAUGAUAACCUUCCAUCAUUCAGGGAUUGUCCAGAUAAAACAUAUCUGGAAUUAGUGACGGUGAACGUACGCGAGAAUCUGGCUGCCCCAGCUUUUGUUUAUCGUGCUGAAGCAUGUGAUUUAGAUAUUGCGCCCAAUAACUUCAUCACAUACAGCUUUAGUUAUGAUGACACCUCAUGUUUCCCUAAUGCCACUGGGCCAUUUAGUCUGAACCCAACCACAGGAGUAAUCACAACAACUGUAGCUUUGAAUCGUGAACAAUUGCCCUCAUACCGUAUCUGUGUCGAAGCUAGACCUUCCUCGAUUGGGCGGAGAAAACGUGCAACAGAUGACACUGUUCAGAAAGUAGAUGUUGUUAUUCUUGAUGACAAUGACAACGGGCCUGUUUUCCUAACCAAGGACAUUUUUACAGCAAUAUUUGAAUUACCAGCACAGGAGACAGUCACUCAGCUGCGAGCAGUAGACCCCGACUCUUCUUUCUUCAACAGAGUGCGUUAUUCCAUCACAGGGAUAAUAUAUGAAAAGCCUGGACGAAGGAUUAAUAUAUAUGGGGCUUUCAAUAUCAACCCAGAUACUGGACUUGUGACUGUCAACUUCCCUACAUAUAAGGCAUUCACAACAGGUUACUUUCUCAUUUCCGUUCGUGCUGAAGACGGUUUUGACUCAACAAUGUAUGAUACGACACAGAUUAAGGUAUACAUUGCUGAAGAAGUUACCCAAAUACGUGUUGUGAUAGAUUCAGCAGGCAAUGUGGACAUCGCAGACAAAGUUACCAACAUGAUUAACGAUUUAAAUGCAGCUGGAUUGAUAACAUUUCAACAGACACAGAUACGAUAUCACAAGGAUUCAUCUGGAGCAACAAUACCAUCAAAGACUGAUGUGUGUAUGUUGGUCAUCCAAAAUGACAAAGUAUUGGAUGCUUAUGAUGGACAGGUGAUGCUGGAGACAAGAGAUAGCAUCAUUCGUCAAUAUGGCUUUGGGGAGAUUGGGCCAUGUGAACCCUCCACUACCAGUAACCUGGAGGGAUGGUCAGCAUUCUGGUGGGUUCUUGUCGCCUUCGCUAUCUUCAUGUUCAUCCUAAUUAUUAUUCUGAUGUAUGCGAUAUUUGCGCUCUACCGGAAUUACAAAAGUUUUAUGACAACCAGACAACAAUAUUUAGUGCAAUAAACUACAAUGACCUUGAACUUUGCUGUCAUUUACAAUGACCUUGAACUUUGCUGUCAGAUGAUCAUCAUUUCC